AUGGCGACACAAAUUUCUCGGCUCAACCUGCCUGGAUAUGGGACUUUGGCAGAAUUUUAUGAUAACCCUCCAGUUGGGCAAAUCGUAACUGACAAUCCUGGCAGCGAAUCCACUGCGCCGUUGGCAUCAAAAGUUCCUGCAGAUGAACGUCGACUGCCUCAGCUCAUCGUCCAGGAUACCCGAAUGUGCCAGGAUAUCACAGAAAAGACACGUACAAGCCUGGGCACCGUGACAACCCCGGUACAUAAUCUUGGUGCUGCGCACGCUGUUGCAGAGAUGUUGCUGCACACAAGGACAGGAGAUGAGACAAUGAACAUUGAUGUGUUCACCCAUGCCAUAGGCUAUGUACGGGCAUUUGUGCAGAUAGCGGAUGACUUAGGGCCGGCCGAUAUCCAAUCAGUGCCGUGUCAAGAAGAAGGGGGCGUUCGUCCGAACCGGAAAAUUCAACGCGACGGGAGGGAUAUAAUUAUCAUUGAGCAUAAGAGUGUCGCAGCUUUCAAUGGACAUGCCAGCAAAAUUGUGGGAAUGGCACAAGAGAACAAUGGUCAAGGAACGAAGUUGGAACUUAAAUCCUAUGAAACCGGCGAAAGGUCAAUUGUCUUCAAGCUGGGAAAGCAUAUGAUCGACUGUGAUUGUUCAUGGGGGUUCUUGAUCGGUGGAAAUGAGUUUCUGGUCCUCUACCUGAAAAAGAUCUUCGAAAACCAGGAGACAUAUUACCACCUUGUGCUUUCUGACCUGCAUCUUGCGUAUCCGCCAGCAGCGCCUCGAGGUGCCCCGUCACUAAUACAGGUCCUAAUUGCCUUGCUUCUGAAAAAGCCCUCUGCAAUCGUAUACAAGCCGCCAACAACAGAAAUUGUUAUCAGAUACCCGACACGUACUCGAUCAAGGGAAGAGCAUCCAAUCCAAAGACCACCAAAGACACAAGAAAAACGGAACGCGGGGAAACCGGCGGCGAAAUCCAGGGCGGCGAAAUCCAGGGCCAGUCGGUGA